GAAUAAAGAAAAAGGAAGAAAACAUUAAAAAAAAAAAAAAAAAAACCAUGGCUGCAACUUCAACCUACAUGGGUCCCACCAGUUUCUCCAUGCUACAAUGGAGAAGUGGCAAAAAAGCACUCAAGAAAAGAAGUGUUUUUUUCUCAGCUUCAUCUGAACAAGCAGAGGUACAAGAAGAUAUCAACAAAACAGAAACACAGUUAAAAGCAGAAGAAGUUAACACAAAGCAGCAGAAGCAGAAGGCGGGCCCCACAAUGACGAAGCCUCGUCCAUCCGAGAAGCAAAUAAACGUAGAGAGCAAGAACAUGAGCAGAGAAUACGGAGGGCAGUGGCUAAGCAGCACCACAAGACACGUUCGGAUAUUUGCAGCCUACAUAGAUCCAGAAACCUGCGAAUUCGAUCAAACGCAAAUGGAUAAGCUCACUCUCAUCCUCGAUCCGACGGACGAGUUUGUUUGGACAGAAGACACUUGUUACAAAGUCUACUCCUAUUUCCAGGAGCUUGUUGACCAUUACGAGGGAGCACCGUUGACAGAAUACACGCUUCGUCUGAUUGGUUCGGAUAUCGAGCACUACAUAAGGAAGAUGCUUUACGAAGGAGAUAUUCAGUACAAUAUGAAUGCACGAGUGCUCAACUUCAGUAUGGGAAAACCGCGUAUUGGAUUCAGUUACGACGGCCAACUUCCAGAUGCAAUAUAGUGAUGAUGCAAAUAUGUUAUAUAUAUAAAUAAUGUUGUGACAAGUGAUAUUAGCCACCUUUUUUUUUAAUGUUCAUUCUCAAGGGUAAAAUGGUAAAUAUUCUCCUCUCAAA